AUGAGCUUCACUGGAAAGUAUGAACUCCAGUCCCAGGAAAACUUUGAGCCCUUUAUGAAAGCCAUAGGGCUUCCCGAUGAACAGAUCCAGAAGGGAAAGGAUAUCAAGGGCACCUCAGAAAUCGUGCAGGAUGGGAAGAAGUUCAAGGUCACAGUGACAACCGGCUCCAAAGUGCUGCAUCACGAGUUCACCAUUGGGGAGGAGUGCGAGAUGGAGAUGCCGUCAGGGGAGAAAAUCAAGACUGUUGUUCAGAUGGAGGGUAACAACAGACUGAUUACAAACCUGAAAGGGAUCAAAUCUGUCACUGAACUCAACGGAGACACCAUCACCCAUACUAUGACCACUGGAGACAUCACCUACAAGAGGAUCAGCAAGAGAAUCUAG